CGGAGGCGGUCUCAGAGUUAGUUCCUGUUGCCCUCACUAGAGAUGGCGCUUGCUAGCGUGUUACAGCGGCCUUUGCCGGUGAACCAGCAUGGGUUUUUUGGACUCGGAGGUCGCGCAGAUCUGCUGGACCUGGGUCCGGGGAGUCCCGCUGAUGGCCUGAGCCUGGCCGCGCCCGGCUGGGGUGUCCCCGAGGAGUCGAGGAUCGAAAUGCUUCAUGGAACCACCACCCUGGCCUUCAAGUUUCGCCACGGAGUCAUUGUUGCAGCAGAUUCCCGGGCCACAGCAGGUGCUUACAUUGCCUCCCAGACCGUGAAGAAAGUGAUCGAGAUCAACCCCUACCUUCUGGGCACCAUGGCUGGGGGUGCAGCCGACUGCAGCUUCUGGGAGCGGUUGUUGGCUCGGCAAUGUCGAAUCUAUGAGCUUCGCAAUAAGGAACGCAUCUCUGUCGCUGCGGCCUCCAAGCUUCUUGCCAACAUGGUGUAUCAGUACAAGGGCAUGGGGCUGUCCAUGGGCACCAUGAUCUGUGGCUGGGACAAGAGAGGCCCCGGCCUCUACUAUGUAGACAGUGAGGGGAACCGGAUCUCUGGAACUGCCUUCUCAGUGGGUUCUGGCUCCGUGUAUGCUUAUGGGGUCAUGGAUCGAGGCUACUCCUAUGACCUACAAGUGGAGGAUGCUUAUGAUCUGGCCCGCCGAGCCAUCUACCAAGCCACCUACAGAGAUGCCUACUCUGGAGGUUCAGUCAACCUCUACCACGUGCGGGAGGAUGGCUGGAUCCGUGUCUCCAGUGACAAUGUCGCUGACUUACACGACAAGUAUAAUGAGUCUGUCCUCUGAAGGAAAGCGGAUGUGGCCGUCUGCACCUGUUUGGGGGCUCCUACUGGUUACAAUAAAUAAUAGCACUCGUUCCAUAGUGAAGCCCACAGUUAUUUCAGUACCUCUUGUAAAGCUCUGAAACAUUGUGUGUUCACAGUUGAUGGGCUCCUGAUGGAUGCAUUAGCUGUUUGUUUUACUCUCUUGGAUGCUAAAAUUACACUACUCUUCAACCUCG